AUGCUCUCUCCUUCUUUUCCGGCUCUGUUUGUUCUUUCUGUCUUUUUCAGCAAUGUCAUGGCCAAGCCUACUACUUGGGCGUUUAGCACCCAAGCCGAUCCAAAAGUAAUUGUUGAGAACAAGGGUUUCACUAGAAAGGUCGCGGAAAUAUUGGGCAAAGACCGAAUCAAGCGCGCGGUCAAAUUAGAUGACGAUUCCAUCCUUAUCGACUACCGUCAUUCCCGCCACUUGACUCCGGGAAAACAUUACAUAUAUGAGGUCGAUCAAAAUGACAAGGCAGCUUAUAAAGCCUAUCUCGACGUCAUGAAGAAAAAAGUCGACGCGAUAAAAUGGACGCCUGACAUGAGACCCCACCACGACGACUUCGAUGCGUCACUAAUCGCGUUUUGCAUUCCCAUACGAUUGGAGAGUAUUUAUAAUUGGAGGGAGCACAGCAGCCGUGAGGCAACUCUGAAUCCCCAUUACAAAGAUCCCCGCAACAUGGCCGAAUCCACUUGGAUCAAUCCUUGUCUUCCUCGUAAGUGUGAAGGACCCCUGCCAAUGCCACGCCACCAAGAUGCUCCACAGGCUGGAGCCGUUCAGGAAACACAAGUUCAAAAUAUCAACUGA